CGCGGGUGAUUUUUUUUCUUUCUUUUUUUUUUUCAAUUUUCUUUAUUCUCCUCUCGAGAGCAUCGGUGCGAGGAAAUGUUCUCGUCGCCGGCGUCGGUGGUGGGUCAGGAGCCGCCUGGCUACGAUUUUCAGAAGGAGGAAAACGCCGCCAAAUGGAAGGGGGUGUUUGUCAACUCCCUGCGCAAGGUACUAGAGCAAGUACAUCCUAGUCUCGAAGCUCGACAAGAUGCAUUAGAUUAUGUGGAGAGUUUAAUUUUAAGAAUGCUAGGCAUGCUUUGUGGACACCCACCUCCUCAAACCCCUCAAGAUGUAGAGGAAAGAGUAAGACGAACAUUUCCUACUCCCAUUGACAGAUGGGCGCUGCGUGAUGCAAAAGACGCAUUAGAGAAAGGAAAGAAAAAGUCUCCGUUAGUGCUACCUGUCGACAAGAUUCAUCAGUUACUGCAAAAAGAAGUAUUACAGCACAAAAUUGAUUCGCAAGUCAGCUUAUUUGUAGUUGGAGUUUUGGAAUAUAUUUCUGCUGAUAUUCUGAAGCUAGCUGGAAAUUAUGUGAAGAACAUUCGCCAUGUAGAGAUUUCGUGCGAAGAUAUACGAGUUGCAAUGUACGCGGAUAUGGUACUAAUGGAUAUGUUUCAUCAAGACGAUUGUACAGAGGGUCCACAAAGUAGCUUAGGUGCAGUUGUUUCGCAGACUUAUGAAGAAUCUAUGCGGGAUCUCAUUCACGAUGAACGUCAUUACAUUCGUGACCUACAUAUGAUUAUCAAGGUAUUUCGUGAAGAAAUUACGAAGUUGACACAAGAUAAGAGUGAACUCGAAACGCUUUUCAGUAAUAUUACAGAUAUUUAUGAGAUUACUGUGACAUUACUCGGCAGUUUAGAAGAUACAAUGGAAAUUGCAGAGGAGAAACAAACACCUACAGUUGGUACAUGCUUUGAAGAAUUAGCAGAGGCGGCAGAAUUCGAUGUUUAUAUAAAAUACGCGAGAGAUAUUAAUAGUCCCGCUAGUCGGGAAGUUUUAACGAAUUUAUUAUCAAGACCAGAAGCUAACGCGGCUCUGCGAGCAGCAGGCCACGGUUUUAGAGAAGCUGUUAAAUAUUAUUUGCCAAAACUUUUAUUACAACCCAUAUGGCAUUGUUUCCUGUAUUUCGAUUAUAUAAAGGUUUUACACAAACGCACACCUAACACAGAAGAUGGCGAAACGUUGGAACAAGUACAAGGUUUGUUAAGACCACUACAAAUGGAAUUGAUGCAAUCUGCAAGUCUUCCAAAAAAGGAUACGGGCUUGCCAAUGCAGAGCAGAGCGAGGAGGCAGGCGGCAUUAGAAAAGAUUAGCGAAUUACAAAAGACUGUAGAUGGUUGGGAUCAAAGAGAUAUCGGGCAGUGUUGCAAUGAGUUUAUUCGAGAGGAUACGUUGGGAAAAAUGGCUAGUAAUGGACGAAGAUUAACUGAGAGAAAAGCCUUAUUAUUCGAUGGAUUGCUAGUAUUGUGUAAACCAAGUAGUAGUAAAAGAGUUAGUGUUACUGUUGCAGCGGGUAUUGUUGCAGUUGGAGUAGGUGGGCAUCCGACUCACCAAGGUGAACUCCGACUGAAAGAAAGAUUUUUCAUUAGAAAAGUUGAUAUUAUUGAUAGAGAAGAUACCGAAGAGUUAAAAAAUGCUUUUGAGAUUGCACCGAGAGAUCAUCCUAAUGUUAUUCUUGUUGCCAAAUCUGUGGAGGACAAGAAUAAUUGGAUGGCGGAUCUAGUAAUGUUAAAUACAAAGAGUAUGUUAGAAAGGACUUUGGAUAGUAUUCUUUUGGAUGAAGAAAGGAAGCAUCCAUUAAGGCUACCUCCAGCUCACUUGUAUAAAUUUGCCGAACAAGAUAGUAAGGAGAACAUUGUUCUAGAAGCCAGAGAAAAUGGUGGUGUUCCAUUGAUUAAGGGUGCAACUUUGAUAAAAUUAGUAGAGAGAUUAACUUAUCAUAUAUAUGCUGAUCCAGCUUUUGUAAGAACAUUCCUUACUACUUACAGAAGUUUUUGCUCACCUCAAGAAUUAUUAACGUUGCUGAUAGAAAGGUUUGAUAUACCAGAUCCUUCGUUAGUCUAUGGUGAAGAAGAAACACCCUCUGUAUGUAAAACGACGGCGCGAGAAGAUUGGAAAAGAUACAGAAAAGAAUUCUGUCAACCGGUGCAGUUUAGAGUUCUAAAUGUUUUAAGACAUUGGGUGGAUCAUCAUUUUUAUGAUUUCGAACGCGAUCGAAAUCUUUUGGAAAGAUUGCAAUCGUUUUUAGAUACUGUUAGUGGCAAGUCUAUGCGAAAGUGGGUUGAUUCAGUGCUGAAAGUUGUACAAAGAAAGUGCGAACCAUCAGAACAACGACCUAUCACGUUUAGUUUCGAACGAUCUCCUCCGCCGAUUGAAUCGCAUCUUAAAAUUCCGGAAAAUAAUGAAGAAUAUGGAAUACUUACGAUACAUCCUAUCGAAUUAGCAAGACAAUUGACACUAUUGGAGUUUGAAUUGUACAGAGUAGUGAAACCUUCUGAAUUAGUUGGGUCUGUAUGGACAAAGAAAGACAAGGAGAAGACGUCACCAAAUUUAAUGAAAAUGAUUAAACACACGACGAAUUUUACAAGAUGGCUCGAGAAAACGAUAGUGGAGGCUCAAAAUUAUGACGAGAGAGUAGCCAUCGUAUCACGCGCCAUUGAAAUAAUGAUGGUGCUGCAGGAUCUCAACAAUUUCAAUGGUGUUCUGGCGAUUGUUAGCGCUAUGGGAUCAGCAUCAGUUUUUAGGCUAAAAUUCACCUUUCAACCGUUACCAGCACGAUUGGAAAAGGCUUUGGAAGAAGCACGAGAGCUUAAUAACGAUCAUUUUCGAAAAUAUCAAGAAAAAUUACGAUCCAUUAAUCCACCUUGUGUACCAUUUUUAGGUAUGUACUUGACUAAUAUCCUGCAUAUUGAAGAGGGAAAUCCAGACUACUUACCGGGAAGUCCGGAGCUUAUCAAUUUUAGCAAACGGCGAAAGGUAGCGGAGAUAACUGGUGAAAUACAGCAGUACCAAAAUCAACCCUAUUGUCUUUCAAUGGAGUCUAAAAUAAGACAAUAUAUUGAAAAUAUGUGUCCCUUCGAUCCUAAUAUGUCAGAUGCAAAUAUAGGCACUUAUCUGUAUAACAGAAGUUUAGAGAUAGAGCCAAGGAAAUGUAAAGCACCUACACGAUUCCCACGUAAAUGGCCCGAGAUAAACUUGAAAUCGCCGGGCAUCAAGGCUAGUAGAAGUUUGAGCGGGAAGCUGCCAGCUCCGUUGCAGACGGUGACGUCUAGCGUAAGAUCGCACGAUCCUCCGGCAGAAGCACCUCAACCUUCCGAAUUGCCAGAAACACCGCCACAUGCAUCGCAAAUAGGGGGGGACUACAGCGUUUUUGCACCUGUCUUAUUAGGACCUUCUGGAACUGUACCUCCAGGAUCACCCAGUCCGCCUAGCAUGUCGGGGCUUUCGAUCGCUUCGUCGAGUAGCAGCCCUCAACUGGCAUCCCCCGGACAUUUCCCUUCGCAACAGUUUCAGUUCGCCUUUAAUCCUGGCAUGGUGAAUACGUCGUCGUCAGGUGGAAGCCCAGGUGGGAUGCCAACGCCACCAUCUCCCGGUAACAUACCUAGCCAACGUCCACCACCUCUACCGCCUAGAACCCACAGAAGACGAGAGAGUUCAUUUAGCGAAUCAUCGCAACAGGCAAGACAAGCGCCAAACGCACCAAUUCUUCCGCCGAGGGAUGAUAUAUCUCCACCACCCUUACCACCACGAAGAGACGUACCGCCGCAGAUUCCGUCAACGCUGAGCUCCAGCAGCUCGGCGUUAUUGGCGCGCCGAAAUUCUACAUUAGAAAGCACAUGCCCUGCCGUCGGUCAUCCACGGAGGCACAUGUCUUUCAAUGGUCCUAGUUUCAAUAGCCCCACGAAACUUCCAUCGACGCAGCCUAACGGAUCAGUGACACCGAGGUUACCACCAAAACCGAUAGGAGGUUCAUCUACCAUGUUUAAUUUCAACGCUCCUCCUGGACCUAGUUAAGUGUUACUCUAUGUCUCUCUUUCCUUUUUCUCUUUCUCUUCCUAUCAAUUUUCUUCUUUUUUUUACUUUGUUGGAAAAGAAUAUUUUCAAUCGAAGCUUAAUCCAUUCAGUAAGCUGAAUUAAGCUAAAAUUUUCUUGCCGCAUAAAUUGUAAGAAAAGAAAUUCUAACAACACAAACAGAUUAGGUAGAAUAUUUAUCUUUGACUAUAAAAGUAUAUAUUGUUAGUAUUUUAAGUUGUGUUUGUUUUUUAUAAAGUCAAUGUUAUGAUUAAAAAAUCAUGCAUUAUGAAAUUAUGUAAAUAAUUGUUUUUAUGUUCUGCUUAUUUUAAUUAGUAUAAGAAAGUUACCAGUUCUCAAAAGAUGUAUAUAAUAAAAUAGAACUCAAAAUCAGGGAACUAUCGAUUACAGAAUUGUUUUUUAUCAGGUUUUUUAACAUUUAAAUAUGUUGAAAAUACUCGAGCAGAAUGAUAUAAUUUUAAUUUGUGUAUCAUUCAUUUGAUCAUGACACAUAUUUGCUAGAAGCAAAAUGCAUAAAUAUUUUAUGGACGACAGAAAUUCGUUUUUAUUCAAUUAUAU